AUGGCAGAUGAUAAUCCUAAUGGAGAGAGGAGGGUUGUGAUACCUGACCCCCUCCCUCUCAACUCACACUUCACCCCCAUGGCUUACACUACACCAUCAUGUGUACGAUUACCCGCAAUCACGGCUAAUAACUAUGAUAUUAAGCCUGGUACACUCCAAAUGCUCCCUAAGUUUCAAGCAUUCCUUAAGAAAUUCUUCCCCAUAGGAAAAACACUCAGACUUCGGCAGGAGAUUACCACUUUCCAACAAGCUGAGAAUGAACAGUUCUAUGAGGCUUGGGAGAGAUAUGGAGAUCUCAUUCGUAAGUGUCCGCACCAUGACAUACCUAAGUGGCAAUUAGUACAGAGUUUUUAUUCUGGGCUGUAUCCGCAGCGUCGUGUGAUGGUUGAUGCCUCAUGUGGAGGCUCUGUGAUGGUUAAGAAUGAAGAAGAUGCCCGGCAGUUGUUUGAAACUAUGAGCAAAGGGUCCUUGCAAAAUGUUUCUUUUGAGAGGAGAACUAAGUCAGUCAUUACUAGUUCUGAUAAGCCACGAGGUAUGUACGAGAUUAAACCAUCUCAUGACCUCCAGUCUAAAGUAGAUGCACUGACUGAGAAAGUUGAACAACUUCUCACCAAGGGAUCGGCCACCUCACUGCCUCCACCUUAUCAGGAGGCAUGUUCUUUAUGUGCUAGUCCGGCCCAUUAUAUUGUUGACUAUCCUGCAGCACCACAAUUCCCUUUGUUUGUGCAAGAACAGGUUAACGCUGCACAAGGGUAUGCCAAUGCGCAGGGUUUCUCCAAACCGGGUAAUGAUCCUUUUUCCACUACUUAUAACCAGGGAUGGAGCAAACAUCCCAAUUUCUCAUGGAAGACGGAACACCAGGGUAAUAGUUUCGCCCAGCAACCUAGGCCAUUCAACACGCAGUUUAACCUUGCGGCCUAUCUCUCACCGAAUCAGCAACUAAAUGACACCCAACAGCAGGUGCACACCAACACACAGUCCAUCGCAAGGUUAGAGACCCAAGUGGGUCAAAUAGCCAAUGCACUCAAUCGUAGGGAAGAAGGUAGGUUGCCCAGUCAGCCUGUCCAACCCCUUGGAGGAAAGUUUGUGAUUCAUGACCCGCCUCCUGCUGAUGCUAAGGGUGUGGCUAUGGAGGAUAUUCUUGAGGUUUUUAAGCAAGUGAAAGUAAACAUUUCUCUCCUAGACGCGAUCAAACAAGUCCCCACUUAUGCUAAGUUUUUGAAGGACCUUUGUACUCAAAAGAGGAAAUACUUAGGGGCUAGUGUUAAUUUGAUACCUUACUCGGUGUACGAACAAUUGGGGCUUGGGGAGUUGAAACCCACGUCAGUCACCCUUCAGUUAGCAGACCGAUCCAUUAAGGUGCCGCGUGGGGUAGUUAAGGACGUUCUUGUCAAGGUUAACGAUUUUUAUUUUCCAGCGGAUUUUAUAGUACUUGACACGGAACCUGUGCAAAUCCUCAAAAAGCAAACUCCCGUCAUUCUUGGUCGCCCCUUCUUAGCGACGACCAAUGCUAAUAUUCACGUGAGGAGUGGGGAGAUGGAGGUGACCUUUGGGAAUAUGACCCUUAAGUUGAAUGUGUACAACACUGCAAAACACCACUCCAAUGAUGAGGUACAUCCACCUCUCACUGUUAAUGAUGUGUCUAAGGUGAGUGAGGUUGACUCCGAGGUUCCAAUUUUGUUUGAUGAUGUUCCACUUAUGACUAGCCCUCCUUCAAAAAAUGAUUUAAAGUUGCCACCUCAUUUGCUUUCUAUCACACCAUUAGGUUCAUGUAGUGCGCACUCACCGGAAUUAGCAUGGAGACCUCCUUUGGUCUCGGCAGCGUGUUCACAUGCAAAGUUGGAUUGUAAUGCUCUGUUGAAUGAUGGUUUUUAG